UUUAAGGAAGAAGGAGAAAAGUAGCAACGUUUCUAUAAAAGACGACGUCAAAAUGUUGAAAGAGUUGGUGAAGGAGCGACUAAUGGCGGCAGCUGACGAUAUAUUGGAACUGUUUGAAAGCACGAUAUCGUGGUACCAGGAGGAACUUUGUCGAACAAGAGAGGAGAGGGAGCGUCAUCGGCAAGAACUGGAAGCUCUUUGCAAGACUCAAAUUGUGCUACGCAUCGGAGAUGUCCACAAGCUGAGUGGUCAUCAAGAAGAAUGUCCCCCUCAGCCCCCUCAGCCCCACAUGGAAGCGGACGAGGAGGAACUCUGGACCACUCAGGAGCGAGAGCGUCUUCUCGGGCUGGAGGAGACUGAUCUCACCAAGUUGCCGCUGACGAGCGUCCUCGUGAAGACUGAAGACCAUGAAGACAAACCACUCGAGUCCUCACAGCUUCAUCACCGUCCAAAGGAGGACAACAGAGGGGCGGAGCCUUCGGGCUGCAGCUCACCACAACACAUGACAACGAAAUCUGAUGGAGACCACUGUGGAGGAUCACAAACACACAACCUCAUAGCUCCACUAUCAGAUGAUGACGACACAAUCUCACACUCUCCUGAGGCUGAAGACGGGGACGGCAACCAAGAAUGCUUGAGCGGCGAUACAGACUGUGACGAUGAUAUGAGGACUCAACCUGACAACAAACAUUCUGAGUGUUCUAGAAAGAUGACGUGUGAAAAAUGUUUUACCUGCUCAGUUUGCGGUAAAAGCUUACCCAAUAGGGGCGCUUUGAUCCGACACAUGCGGAGACACACAGGAGAAAAACCGUUUCGGUGUUCAGUUUGUGGUAGAUGUUUCUCUGAAAAGUCAAAUAUGGUCUGUCACAUGCGAAUACACACCGGAGAAAAACCUUUUGGUUGUUCGGUUUGUGGUAAAAGAUUCACAUUGAAUUCAACUUUCGUAAAGCACACGAGAACGCACACUGGAGAAAAACCAUUUAGCUGUUCGUUAUGCGGCAAAACUUUCUCCCGACGUGACGUUUUGACAUUACACACGCGGACACACACUCGAGGAGAACCUUGUAAUUGCUCAGUUUGUUGUACAACACUUGCUUGGAAGGAAAGUGCGACAGCACACGGACAUACCCGUCAAAGCAGCAUUUAGAAGCAAACGAUUACAUGAGUGUUCACAAAAAUAAGUCACAAGCAAUUAGAAAUGAGGUGAUCAGUCAGUUUUGAUCAUCAAAAAUGUACAUUUAUAUUCAGGCCUGUAACGAGUCACAGCUCCAUAACAAGGGGCAGCUUCUACAACUACAAAAAGUGCUUGCAAGGCAUGCUUUUCUACAGCCACAGCACUGUCAACUCUUUUCUGAUGAGUGGCUGAAACAGAUUUUAAAAAGUGUU